AUGCGCUGGGUUUGUUCCUGCGCGCUGCUGCUGCUGAUGGUGCUGCUGGUGCUGCUGGAUAAUGCCGUGGCCGUGCCUGCGUGGGGGAAACCCACGGUGGCUAGUAUUCAGUUGCAUAAACCAUGUGUGCAGACACUGGCACCUGUGGACACGAGGUCUCAUCAAGGUCUGGCUCGACCCAAGCGCUAUGCCAUCAACCCACUGGGAUACAAGUGGGAGCAUUUUAACGUCACCUACAAGAUCACAAAGUUUCCCAACACACUGAAUAAAGACGAUACCCGCAAAGCUAUCAGCAUCGCCUUCACGAAAUGGAGUGAUUUUUCUCCUCUGACUUUCACUGAAAUCACCAACCCCAACAAAAGUGCUGACAUCACUAUAGGCUUCUACACGUACAAUCACACAGAUUGUUGGUGGUCUCCAUUGCACCCGUGUUUUGAUGGAAUGAACGGUGAGCUGGCCCACGCCUUCCUUCCCCCACGUGGAGAGAUUCACUUUGACAACCACGAAUUCUGGAUUCUGGGCAAAUCCCGCUUCAGCUGGAAACAAGGUGUGUGGCUGAAUGACCUGGUCCAGGUCGCUGCUCAUGAAAUCGGUCACGCUUUAGGCCUCUGGCAUUCACAGGACCCUAAUGCAUUAAUGCACCCUAAUGCAACGUGCACGGGUCAGAGGAACAUCGCUCAAGAUGAUAUCCGGGGCAUCCAGCGCCUUUAUGGAUGCAUGGAUAAGAAGCGUGUGUGUGAUCCUUGGGCCCGCUUGGGUUUCUGUGAGAGGAGGCGGAGCUUCAUGAAGAAAAACUGCCCGCAGCGCUGCGACCUGUGCUACGAGCCUCUGGAUGCAGUGUCUACACCGACACCUCCUCCUGAAAAUGUGAAGAUCAAAAUUGUGCCUCGUGGAAAAGUUGUGGGCUUCCGCUGUGGGACAAAAAAUACCAGAGUGCCUCCAAAAGUCAGCUGGUAUAAGGACGGUGAGCAGUUGCUGACAUCCAUUCCUGGCUAUAUUGUAAUUAAAGAUCGGGACCUGCGGCUCGUGGCCAAUGAAUUUAAUGAAGGCACUUACACCUGCCGCAUCCAUCGGCGCGGUAACGUCGUCUCUGCCAACUCGUGGGCCAUCCGGCUGAAGCCAGAGCAGUCCUCCAACAACAGCUGA